AUGACAGAUAAUAAUUUUUUUAAUGAAAAUAAUAUUAAAUUUUCAAGCGAUGGAAUAAAUAUUAAUCAAGAUAAUAUAAAUCUUGAUGAAAGUAAUAUUAACCAAUACCAAAAUACAAAUUUAAAUAUUAGAGAAAGUAAUAAUAGUAUUAAUAAUAAUAAUGGAAAUAUUAUAAUUCAUUCAAUAAAAGAAAAUAUGGAUGACGACCAAAUCAGUUUACAUUUGAAUGAUGAAAUUGAUAAAUAUCAAAUAGUUUCCAACCAAGGUUUCUUUGAAAAAUGGAUUGGUAUCUCGAGAGAUGACCCACUUUUCAAAGAGAAAGCUGGAAUAUUAGUUGCCGUUAUAUUUAUGAUCAUUCCAGGUCUACUGCUGUCAUCGUUCGAGCCACUGAUUUACCAGCAUUACGUCGAACAUCACUACCCAUAUUAUACCAAAGAUGAAAUGGCCAGCAAAGCAAGUCGUUUGAAAUCGAUUGGGGAUGCUCUUCCCUUUGUAAGCUCAUUUAUAUCCGGUCCUCUAAUCGGUCUUAUCAGUGAUCGCAUUGGAAGAAAGAAAGUGCUAUUUUUCUGUUUGGGCUGUGCAUUCCUCGAUAUUAUUUUCCAAAUUCUCUGCUUUCAGAAUUACUGGAUGUGGCCAAUGUUUGUAACACAUUUCAUCACUGGAUUUUCCUCCGCAAGUGACCCUGUUCUUUUCGCGUUCAUUGCCGAUAUCACUUGUAAAGAUGAGAGAUCCCGAAUCAGUGCGCUCAUUGGUAUGACCAUCGGAGUAUCAACGCUACUUACGCCACUUAUGACCAUUGGACUUUUAAAUUGGAAAGCAAUUUCAAUUCCAUAUUUUUCAUUGAUGUUCUAUACGAUUUGUGGACUCAUUCUCUUCUGCUUGAAAGAAUCAUUCAAUUUCUGUGAAGGCAAGCCCAUUUCCAAGGAAAGGAGAAUCGCCCAAUACAAGUCUAAGAAGCAUUCAUCCAAUCCUUUCAAAUCUAUUUAUAAUCUUUUCAAAACUAGUUGGUAUAUCGGAGCAUAUGCCAUUCUCUAUUUCAUGUUUAGCUUUUCCCUGCAGGACUCUAGCACCACUCUCUACAUGUACAGCAAAGUCCGCUACGAUUGGAGUGCAACUCAAGUGAGUUAUCUAACUUGUGCAGUCGGUGCUUGUGUUAUAAUUUGGAGUGUUGUUUGCAGUGGACUACUCCGAUUCAUAACGGACAGAGGCAUCGUUUGUGUUGCAUUGCUAGUAUCAUCGGUGAUGCAUGUAUUGUAUGCAUUUUCAUUCGACCAAUACAUGUUCUCGGUAUGCAUAUGUCUUGGUUCAUUCAGUCUAAUGUUGGUCAGUAUUCUGCAAUCGAUUAUCUCUAAGGCGACUCCAAGCGAUAUGCAAGCAUCGAUCCUGACAGGAGUGACCGUUCUCUCUAGUUUAUCAUCAUUCAUUGGAGCACUUUCCUCAGAGAAUUUGUUUGCCUACUUUAUCUCGAGUUCGGCGCCAUUCUACUUCCCAGGAAUGCAUUUCCUUAUUGACUCUGUUAUUAUUUUCCUUACCUUUGCGUUCUCUUUCUACGCGCUAAAGAAAAUCCAAGAGCCACCCUCACAAGAGGAAUCUCAUACAUCGAUGGGAAUUAUCGAUCAAAGAUACAAACCAUUAAAUGAUGAAUUAUAA